UCUUCUCCUCACCGCUGGCGGAGCUGCCGUGUCCGAUUUUCGCUCCCUUGUUUUGAACGCACCAGCCGCGGUGCAUCAUGGGAUACAAGAUGUCUCCUAAGAGUGCAGGCUAAUGCUACUUCAGGAGCGAUAACUGUUAUUAAAUCUCUAGUUCCUCUUCUUUCUGAUCUGUUAAAGUCUCAGUGUUUAUAUCUGGUACAUUAACUGUGUUCUGACGUCACCAUGUCAACUAAAGCAGAGUCCAGAGUGUCCAGCUCCACCUCCAGAACAGAUGAGAGGAGGAGAUCCAGGAGCACAGGUGGAGAAAAACCGAAGCGUAAACGCAGCCGUAGUAGAUCUUCCUCAUCGUCCUCUUCCAGUUCAUCGUCGUCCUCUUCGUCAUCUUCGUCCUCUUCUUCAUCGGGUUCAUCACACUCAUCCAGCCAGAGUCGGAGUAGCUCUAGCAGCAGUAGCGACUCCCGCAGUAAAUCCAGAAAGGAGACUAAGAAAAGGAAAAAGGAGAAACAACACAAAAAAAAAGGGAAGAAAGAGAAGCGACAAAAACGUAAAAAAGAAAAGAAAGCAAAAGGAGGAGAAGAAAAUGCGGGACCUGUACAAAUCUCCAAGUACUUGAAGGACAAGAAAAAGGGCAAGUACAGCAUGAUUUCAGGGAAGAAGAUAAAAAUGAAAGUAAAGAAAUCAAAGAAAGACAAGCAGCGGGAUAAGAAUCGAGCAGAACUUCUUGAGUUCUUGAACUCUACCCUGUGAAGCCCCCGUGGACGGCAGUAAUGGUGCUCGGGCUCGGACGCGUCAGCAGAACUCAGGAAAACAUCAACUGGGCUUUCCAGGAGAACAACAACGAAGAGUUUUCUGAGAAAGAGAUGAAGAAUACGACUUGCAUCGACAGCACCGAGCCCGAUGGACAGAAGGAGCAGUGAAGUGAGAUGCGUUCAGACCACGAGCUUCAUUUUCACCAUGGCACUGCGCAGGUGGCCAAUUCUUCAGCUUAGUCUGAUAGCUUUUGUGAUAUGAGAAGUGUUUAUGUUAAACAGUGUCAUCCAAAAAAAAAUUCUGUAACCAACACCAUGAAGAUGAAGGCCAAUGACUGUUUGUGGUUUGAACGUAUGGUCGCCCCUUUAGAAGAAAGAAUACUCCACCGACUGAGCAUUUUACUCCUUCAACAUUGUCGGAUUCACAAUGGACCAGAGAUAUCCUCUUUUUCACACAUUCUUCUUCCUUGUCAAAACCAGGCGCCUACAUUACCCACAAUGCCUCUCUACCUGCCGAUAGUUUGGCUGGAAACUUGGGUGUGUUAUAGAGAGGCAUAGUCCCGCCCCUUCCGGUGGACCCCAUGGGAUCUUAUUUUGGAAAAAAGAUGAACGGUAGUCAACGGCCAGAGAUAAAUAUUUUUUCUUGAAGUCUCAGUUUGUCAUAGUAUCAUUUAGUUUCGUGUGAAACCGCUCAGUGAACUACAUCUCUCGUCUCGCACAAUAAACGUCACCAACGCUAUCUAGCUGGCUAACUUAGCUAUGUUCCACACCACAGAUGAAACGUUAUCUGACCUGAUGUGUUUUAUCCAGCGACUCCUGGUCUUUUUAUCAGCCAGGAAGAGAAAGAACGAUCAGACCCGUCGCUGGUGUGAGUUCAUCCGAGUAGGAAACACAGACUCCCCCACUCUCUAGCUUCAGAGAGAGAGACGUCACUGACGCGACCUUUGGGUUUGUCGUCUUUCUAAUUACGUAUUUUCACAGUCUGAUACUUCAACAGUUUCACAACAAACCGCGACUAUCUUGCAAAAUUAAAUAGACAAACAUCAUAUGUGUGAUUCAUGGUGAAAUUCAGACAGGAUCAAAUAAAUAUUUGUCUCUCCGUUGACUACCGUUCUUGUUCUUUCUGAAAUAAGGUCCCAUGGCGGUCCACCGGAAGGGGCGGGACUUUGCCUCUCUAUGCUAGUGCUAGCUAAUGUAGCCUCAAGCAGAGAUGAGUAGCAGGCUACAGAGGUCUGGUAAGCUCACGUCUUUCUAACACCACGCCUGCACAUUUUUUACAUUUCAAACUUAGCCUUCAGCCCCAACCCACGUCGACUCAAGUGACAUCACUUAAGGACAUUUAUCAGACUUAACGCAGCUCCCUCCGGAGCCACAAAAGGCUUUACGCAACUUUGACUCACGUAUCCAGUCGUCCUCCCCCAACCCAACACCUGUAAACAGACUUUGAUGUGUAAAAUUAAAUCCCCCUUUAAAGUUUUAAAUACUUUUUCUUUUUACCUGCUGGCUCUUGUCAACCACUUGAAGGACUGCCCGUACAUUUAUUUUCUUUGUAGAUAACUAAUCGUUCUCUUUCCACAGUAACCGUUGGCUGUGAGAGCCUCAGUGUGUGCUGAUAUGUAAUAUGUACAUUUUGUUUAAAAUAUGAGAACAGACUCUGCGUCGUUUGAUGGUAACUGUACGUCUUAUUCAUAACAUUCAUUCCCCCCGAAUUCUGUCAUGAAUAUUGUUUUCAACAUCAGUCAUUUUAUUAAAUUGAAAUAAAUCAAUCCAGUUGAAAGCUU